GAAUGGAAGUGGGAGGAAUUAAAAAAAAAUCCUGCGUUUGGGUAUAAAAUUCUUAGGAAGAAAACACAAAGAGGAAGAGGGAAAGAAAAAGGAAUCUUUCAGACAAGGUGAAAGGAGGAGGAGAAGUGUCCGACAGCUGCAGAGAGGGAGGAGGCUAAAACAAAACAGAGCUGUAUAGAGGUGAACGGUAGAGCGAGAGCUAGAGUAGGUUGAAAGCGAUGUGAAAGGAGGAGAGAAGGUUGCUGUUGAAUGAACAUCAGGAGCUGUGUAUAUAUACAGUCAAACAGAGAGCUGGCUGAAAAGAAGAAAGGAAUUUAUGAAGUGAAGUGACUUCAAGUGGAGAUGAGUCUAACAGUGAUUCUGGCGGCUGUAGUGGGCUUCAGCGCUCUGUCUUCCUGUUACUCUGGCGAGAACACCACAAGACCGGCCAUCACAACAGCUGAUCUGUCUCAGGUGAGAUUCAAUGAGGAGAUGGUUGUAGGGCGAGGGGACACUCCUGACAUCAUAGAACCUGAACCUACCACUGCCGUCUCUGAAAUGGAGAGCACCUACAACUACAUCCUGUCUAGACUGGCAGCGAUGGAUCAGGCUAUCCACAAACUUAAUGUGGGACAAUACACAUUGGACAUUAAAGUUACACAACUGUUGGAAAGAAUGAUACGACUUGAGAAUAGAUUAGGCGACACUGAAGAUGCCAUUCAACAAGUCUCGUCCUACUGCAAGGACAACCGCAAAGAGAUCGGACGACUAGAGGGCUGCCAGAAAGGCCGUAAAAUGGGUUACAAAUGCUUCCUGGCAUACCGCGUGUAUGAGACCUAUGCAGAUGCAUCCAAGAAGUGUCAGGAGCGGGGAGGACGCAUGGCUAUGCCACGGGAUCGCAAGGAACAGGAAGCUUUGGCUGAAUAUGUGAAAUCAGUAUUCCAUGGAAACUGGCCUGUUUGGCUUGGGAUCAAUGAUGAGCGAUCUGAAGGCCUCUAUCUAUUUGAGGACACAACUCGUGUCACUUACUUCCAAUGGAGGAAGCACUUCCUGUCAAGCCAGCCAGAUGGUGGGAAACGAGAGAACUGUGUAGCCAUGUCCUCAGAUGACGGAGACUGGUGGGACACCUACUGUGAAAGACGCAUGUAUUAUCUGUGCGAGUUUGAUGUUUGAUAUUUGAUAAAUUCCUAAAUGGCUUAUAAUUAAGAUUUUUUUUUUCAUUUUUCUUUAAGAGCAGCUAUUAACUGUUUUGAAAACAGUUGUUGCACAGGUAAAAUUAGGGAUAGUGAAUUUUAUGAUCCCAUGAAAUGGUUUGAUAAAUACAAUUUUCUUUCUGUUGACUUUCUUGUUGUCAUAUUGUAACGGGAAGUUGGAGCAGGAUGUAUCUAGUGCUAAACCUCCUGUCCCCGUUGAAUCCCAAAGCAAUUCCAUUGGUUGAGACAAACUUUUACACGCUGCCUCACUCUAACUCUCUGUUCAUGAAAUAGUUUUAAAUUACAUAUUCCACACAUAUAUCACAUUAUAUUACUAAAGCUAAAAAUGGUUAAAUGAAAAAUGUCUAAGUAUUUUCAGUUAGCCUUCAACUAGCAAGCAAAGUAAUUAGCCUACUAGCUCAGCAUAACACAUCUGAACAGGCUUUGAGGAAGGGGGAUGGGAUUCUGCAGAGAAAUCGCAUAUUGAGAAGAGAAAUACGGUACAUUUUAAAAAGCUUAUAUCUGCUAAAACUGAACAAACUUUACUAAAAAUACACCAGCCUAUAGUGUAGAUGGCUUUAUAUGGCUAAUAGACUAAAAUGGCACAAAACUCCAAUAUUCAUGGGAUCUUAAAGCCAGUACUGGAAAUAUUUGUAAUAGCAAAGGUUUGAAGAUCAUGGACAAAUGACAACAUACUGAAAUGUAAUAAAUUAUUUAAUCUUUCUGA